CCGGGAUUCGCGCGCCAGGUUCCCACUGGUGUGUGGUGCCACCGGACCUGGAAGCGGUCGGGGCCGCCGGCGCCUCUCUAGCGCCCAGCGCCGCGGGGGAGCUGAGAGUCCUGCAGUCCAAUUGCGGCUGGCGUAGCCACCGUUGAAGCUCUCCAAUCUCACGGCUCCUCCCUGGGUCAAGCCCUGCAGAACACCAAAGCCCCUGAAGCACCCGCCUUUGUCAGCUGGCUCACACCCUGCUGGUCAACAUGGCUGCUGGGAAGGGUGCUGUGCGGAGCUCUUCAGCUGAAAGCAGAUGGCGGCUUAGUGAAGCUGACCAGGGCAGGGGUUGCAUGCCAGUGCUGCUGGAGAAAACCAACCACCUGGGCUCUGAGCCUGCCGCAGGUGGUGGGAGCCAGCCUGAGGACUGUGCUGAGCUGGCGCUGUCAGCAACCCCAGGGGAAGUCAGACUGGGAAAGCCAGUGGCCCAGAAGAUGUGCUGGGAACAGGGGCAGAGUGCCUUCACGGAGGUGCCUCAGUUCAAGAAGAGGCUGGAGGGCGCGCAGGCCAAGCACGAUAACCCCACAGGCCAGCCUGGCCCCCAGCAGCUGACCCUCGACACCCCCAGGGAUCCAGCUGGCAGCAUGGUCUUCUCUUUGUGGCCCAGUGGAGCCCGAGGGGAGCAAAGAAGCGCCUUCAGCAAACCAGCCAGGUGUCCCACAGGGAGACCUGGGCCAACCUCUCUCUUCCAGGCAGGCAGACCUGCAGAUGCCCUUGGGGACCUGUUGGGACUCAUCAACACGGUAGAUGUCCCUUGUUGGGGUCAACUUUCAAAUUCUAAGUUUUUGGUGGGUGAUUUCUGGAACCUGCAAACGUUGCCACAAAAUGCUCCUGUCUGCAGUGCUUUUGUGGGUGCCCCCACACUGUGGCUAAAGCACGCCACGGGCCAGAUACCUAGACCCUCAACAUCCUCAUCCCCUGCCUCUUGGGCUCUGCUGCCACCCACCUUCACCUCCCUGGGCCUGUCCACUCAGAACUGGUGUGCAAAGUGCAACCUUUCCUUUCGUCUGACCUCCGACCUGGUCUUCCACAUGCGGUCCCACCACAAAAAGGAGCAUGCAGGGCCUGACCUUCAUUUUAAGAAGCUGAGAGAAGAGGCCCUCACAUGUCCUAUUUGCCACGAAUACUUCCGGGAGCGCCACCACCUGUCUCGGCACAUGACUUCUCACAGUUAG